AUGCAACCACAUUUAACAAAUUUUGUUGAUAAUAUUUGGCCACGUACAUCCGAAAUAUCUGAUGUUGCACUUACUUGUCUUGCAACUCAAUUAGGUGUUCGAAUAACAAAACAAGUAGGGUUUUGGGCAUCUUCACCUGCAAUUACACUUCGUGAACAUGGACGUCAACAGUUUCAUAAAGAAGCCGAACCAAAUAAUUAUCAUUAUGUGACUCCAGAUGAAAUGUAUGCACUAGAUGAAUUUUAUGUUAAUCAACAUAUGGAUCGAUUGAUCAAAGAUCAAAAUUGGAAUGAAUUAGUUAAAUUUACCAGACGUUUUAUUUCUAGCCAUUAUGAAUUAUUAAGAAAAAAAAGACGUGAAUGUACAUUGCCUAAAGUUGAGAAUGAAACAAAAUCAAGUGCAAUUUAA